UGCAGGUUGCAAUAGAUGCUUUGUGCUGCACACAAAGGGGAAGCAGCUUCAGGGCAGUUGGGCUACUGUUUCUUUGACCAGAUUGCUUGUUUUUGAACACAGAAAUGGCUUAUGGAGUUAAUUUGGGGAUCUUGCUGAUUUGCUUAAUUCAAGCAGAGCAUGUACUUUGUUUGUGGGCUACACAAGCUCAGGGACGAAACGGCAACACAAAUGUUGGCUUCUCGCAACAGGGUAGUGGAUUUGGUGGCAGCGAUCCCCAGAAUCAACUCAGACAGGCCUCUGGUUCUCGUGGCUCAGCCCAGAGCAGCAGCUUCAGCACUGAAGUUAGCAGUGGUUAUAGCCAGAGAUUUCCCAUUAGUGCCUACACACAAGGUGUUUCAGAGGCAGCUAGAAGGGGCUAUGCUUCAGUCAGGUUUAUGCCGAGCAGCUCGAAGUCAAAACCUAACUGGCCAAAGACUAGGUUGAGUCAUGAAAAUGUGCAGAAGAGGCCAAAUGACUUUGGCCUUUCUACCAAUAUUGCUAGUGGUAGUUCAAUCAGUAAGUACGAUCCAGCUCUGCUUCGCAGAAAGAGAACUUGGCCAGUUCAGCAGAGUACAUCAAGUACUAGCAACUAUCGGUUGAGCAGUUCUGAAUCUAUUCAGAGUCUUCGGGAAAGUUACUCCUUCAAACCUGCCUCCCAUCAGUCAGCAGCACAGAAAGCUUCCAGCCUGUCUAGCACAGGUGAUGCUGGGCCACACAGAAUCCCUGCCCGGACGAGAACAUCAGCCAGUGCCCCUGCUAGAAGAGUGUAUUCACGUCGUAGCUCUGUCGCAUCUAAACCUUCCUAUUUCCCGUCUCUCCAAAAUAAGAUAACUAGAAAUAACCCCAGCCAGACUGAGGCUGGGAACCAAUACCCAAGCAAACCGGUUCCUGUGAAUGCAGGAAAUGCACAAGGAACCUACAAGCCUGCUUCAGCGUCCCACAUGGCCUCAAGCCACCAAAGUUAUAAUCAGUCUCUUCCAGUGUCGAACAAACGCAGUGCUCCUGCUGGCUUCCACCCAAGCAGUGGAAAGACUCUCACAAGCUACACCUCCACCGAGCAAGUCCUCAGCAGUACGAGUUCUCUCCAAACAUCCUGGAACAACAGAAACCCGGCGCAGGGAUCUCGUAACCUCUCUGCCUCCGGAACCAGGAUUGUGGGGACCUCUGGUCAGAGCUUCGCCCCGACCAGAAUCCACCACAUCCCUAAGUGCUUUGGUGGCUACGCUAUCAUACGGCUGACAGAACCUGCUGACCAGAAGGAAGUGAGUGUCGGGAACCCGCAGCAGGCCAGCGUGGCCCCCCAGCGGCCCUCUGCUGAGCAGCAGGCCAGCGUGGCCCCCCAGCGGCCCUCUGCUGAGCAGCAGGCCAGCGUGGCCCCCCAGCGGCCCUCUGCUCAGCAGCAGGCCAGCGUGGCCCCCCAGCAGCCGCCUGCAGCUUACAAGCCACGGGUACAGAGUGUUCAUCCAGAGGCCAAAUGGAUCAGGAUCCCUUCAUUUAUGGGAAAGUAGCAGGUGCAGCAGGUGUCCUGGGAUAAAUAAUUGGUGUUUUUUAUUAAAAUAAAAGUUGUUCAAU